AUGAAGUUCCUCCUUUACGCGGCCGUCGUCGCGGCCGUCGCCAACGCUGCAGCGCUCCCCUUCGCCGAGCCCGGCAAGCCGUGCCCCCGACCUGGACAGGGCUGCUGGAAGGCCAGGCGUGCCCCCGAGCCCAUUGCCAUGCCCGAACCUGAGGCCGUUGCCGAGGCCGAGCCUGGCAAGCCAUGCCCCCGUCCUGGACAGGGCUGCUGGAAGGCCAAGCGUGCCCCCGAGCCCAUUGCCAUGCCCGAGCCAGAGCCUGAGGCUGUUGCCGAGGCUGACCCUCAGAAGCCCUGCCCCCGACCUGGACAGGGCUGCUGGAAGAACAAGCGCAGCGCCGAGCCCGAGUCCGUCGCCAGCGAGUGUACGUCCUUUCUCUGCCGUCUGAUGUCCAAGUGA